AUGGAUAAUAUUUCAGAGAAUAAUGAUUUAUUUCUUACCGACGAAAAUACUCACGUCCAAAAUAUGGUGAACAAUAAUACAAAUUAUAAUAAAAACGAUGAUAAAAUCAAACUUUUUAAAGGAUCUAACAAACUCAGUAGCACUUCAUCUUCAACCACAAAUGCUAGUAAAUACAGCGAACACUUAUUAAAUAAUAUUAUUAAAAAUAUGAACCCAAAAAACGGAAAAAAUAAGUUAAUUUUUUCUCCGGAUUUAAAAAAUUAUGACCAAAUUGUUAAAGAAGAUAAUGUAGACUUGGAAAAUAACAAUAUUAAUAAUAUACAGAAUGUUCCAAAUUGUGAAGAAACACAAACAAAUCGAAAUUAUGAAAAGAAAAAGAAAAAAAAGAAAAAUUUGCAUAUAAAUAGUUCAAAAAAUGAGCACUAUAUAUAUAACAAUAAUGGAAACUCUAAUAAUAGUACCAUCACUAAUGAGGGUAAUAAUAUUAGCAAUACUAAGACUUCAAAUUGUGUAGAUUCAAUUAAAAAGGGUUAUAAUUUAUUAGACGAAAAUAAUUUUCAUCAUAUUAUAGAUUACAAAAUAAAUGGUGAUGAAAUAAAACUUAAUGAUAUAAAUAACCAAUUCACCAAGGAAAUUAAUAAAGAUGUUAAGUUGGUUGAUAAAAUUAAAGAAGUUAAAGAAUCACAAAUUGCUAUUUCUAAUGAUAUUAAAAAAAAUAAAUUAAAUUACAACUUAAAAAAUGUUAUAAUAACAAAUGUAUUCCUUGGUAAUAUCCCACCAAAUAUAACUGAAGAAAGACUGAAAAAUGUAUUAGAGAUAUUUGGAUAUAUAAUUCAUAUAGAAUAUAAAUGGUCAUUGGACAAAUGGUCUUAUGCAUUUAUUUAUUUUAUAGAAGAAAAAUGUGCUAUAAAUGCAGUCAAUAUUCUUAACCAAAAGAAAUUUUUCGAUAAUUCACCAAAUCAUAAGUUAAUAUGUUUUAUUGUUUCGAAGCAAAUUCCUAACCAAAAUACUUUGCAUUAUAGUAAAGCAAAUUUUUCUCUUUUAAAGGAUGGACCACCAGGGGCUAAUUUGUUUUUAUAUGGAAUUCCUUUAAAAUGGACAGAAUUAAAUUUGAUACAACUUGUAAACAAAUACGGGCAUGUAGUUGGAUUAAGAAUUCCAUACAUAAACAAUGAUAAUGAUAAGAAGCAAGGAAAUAGAGGUUUUGGUUUUGUAUCUUAUGAUAAUAAAAAAUCAGCUGUUGAAGCAUUUGAAGAGUUAUCAAAAAUGUACAUACAUGGAAAGCUUUUAAAAGUUCAACUAAAAAAUGGAGAAGAACAUUUAUUACCUGCAAAAUUAAAAAAUAUAUGUAAUAAUAAUAAAAAUAAAAUAAAAGAUAGUAGUAAUACAAAAACUGCCCAAAGCUUAGUAAGCACAACAGAUACAUUGAAAACUAUCAAUUCAAUAAAUUCAACAGAUGAAAAAAAUAAACCCAAAACGAAAUCAUCCUCUAGUAAUAAUACUAAAUCUAUAAACUUUAUAACAAAUAAAAAUAAAGAAAAUAAAACCGACGUGCAUACCUUUAGUAGUAUUAGUACUGUUUGUGAUAAUGUUAGCAGUAACACAUUCAAUCCAGAUGCAAACAAACAUAUAACACAUCCCACCAAAUAUGACAAUACAUGUCCAAUAGAAAUGUAUGGAACUUCUAUAAAAAACAAUGAUGAUAAAACUGUUGACAAUAACGUAAAUAGUAAUGACACAGCUCCAUGUAAUAAUUCAAACUAUAUUGAUGCAUCUACAAAUUAUAUGAACAUAAGCAAUUUAAAAAAUAUUUCAGAUAAAUAUCCUCAAAUAUAUAGAAUAAAUGAAAAUAUGAACAAUCGCGUGCCAAAUAAUCAUCCAAACAAUUUAAUAACAUCACCCCGUUUAUCUAACGAUCUUAAAAGAGAAGAUAUAGAUUUAUAUAACAACAUUGAUGAUACUUUUUGCUCUCAAGAAAAUUAUAAUAAAAAUAAUAGUCUUUUAAGUUUUAUAAAUAUGAACAAUAAUACAAAUUUGAGAGCACACAUGAACUCAGAAAAUGAUGUAAUAAAAAAUGGAAAUAAAUUUAUUAACAUGAAAGAUAACAAUAACAAUGGAAACAUUAAGAUGAAAAAAAAUGGGGUUAACAAAAAUGAACUAUUAUCAAUAUAUGAUAAUGUAGAGAAUAAAUUUGAAUGCAUUGAUAACAAUGAUUUAGCAGAAAAGGGGAAAAAAUAUUUUUUGCAAAAACGAAGGAAUUUCCAACUGAAUGAUCAGAAGGAAAAAAAUAUAAUUAAAUCUUUUAAUUAUCCGAAUAAAAUAGAUAUGAAAUGUCAUAAAAAUUUAAAUAAUAUGAUAUGUUCAUGUACCACCAAUUUUUUAGAAAAUCCAAAUAUUAACAGAAAUGAAAUCUGUAAAUUAAAUAAUUUAAAAAAUAAAGGAAUAUAUAAUCCGCAAAAAAGUCAUACCAUAAUUAAUUCAAAUGAAUCCAACAUUAAUGCAUGUAAUAAAUUUUUUAUAAAUGAUGUAAAUAAUAUUUCAUCUAUUAAUGAACAAAUCCAACUUCCAAAAAUUAUGUCUUAUAAAAAUAAAAGUGCAGAUGACAACGAAUUGUUUAAACCAAUGAAUAAUAAAACAAUACCGAAUGAUGAAGGGAAAAGCGUAAGUUCCUUUUUAAACCAAAUUUGGUAUAACAAAAAUGGUAAGAAUAAUGUCGGUAAUGAUAAAUACAAUUCCGAUAUUGAAAACCGUAUAUAUGAACAGAAAGUGUCUUUUCAUAAUGCUGAUAUAAAUUAUGAACCCGAAUAUAAUAUGCAUAACCCGUAUAACAUAUAUAACAAUUUAAAAUACAAUUAUGAAACAAUAAGGGAUAGUUGUAUUAUAAAUAAUAACCAAGCUAAUGAAAUAAGCAAAAAAAAUGACAUUAGUAGAAAUGUAAAUAAUUGGGAAUAUACAGGAAAAGAAUAUAAUAAUAAAAACUAUCCUGAAAAUGGAAUUAAUAAUAAAAAUUUUGAUAUUAAAUAUGAGCCUUUAUAUUUUCAAAAACCAAAUAAUGGUAAUCCCCAAAAUAAUAUUAGUGAUAAUAAUGAUAGUAUAUAUGAUGGCAAAACACAAUGUUUACAAAACUUUAAACAUAUACAUCAAUUUUUUACACUCAUAAAUACGUAUGCAACUGAAAACUCGUUAAAUGUGUAUGAUUAUAUUAAUAAAGAAAAUAUACAAUUAUAUGAAUUAAUAUGUUCGAAAUAUGAUAAUCAAAUGGACAAAAAAAGUUUAGAAAACAUAUUUAUAGCUUUUAUGUUAAAAAAUAAAGAAAAUCAAAAAUCGUGUAACAUAGAUACAAAAUAUGAAAAGCAACCUGGAAGGAAAGUUGGCAUUCAAACAGAAAGUGUGUUAGAAAAACGGGAAGAAGAUAAACAAAAUGAAAAUAUCAUAUCCUAUUUAAGAAAAACAAGUAAUGAUUCAAAUUUAGAAAAUGAUGAUUUCUUUUAUAACAACUAUUUUAAUUCAAAUUUUUUCACACACCCUUACUUGUUUAACGAUGAUAAUAAUAGUAUAAAUAAUAAUAUUCCCAUUGGAAAUAUUAACACUAAUAAUAAUAUCAUUAAUCCUAGUAAUAAUAUUAUUAAUUGUAUGGGUGAUAAUAAUAUAAAUGGAAAUUGUCAAAAUAAUGUUGGGAAUACAAAAGAAACAUAUUUUGGACAUGAUGAUAUAUUUGAUAAUGAACUGAAUGACAUUUAUACUUCUAAUGAUUAUAUGGACUUCCAUAAUUAUGAUACUCCAUUUUUCAGUUUGGAUAUAAAAAAUUCUAGAAAUAACAACGAAAAUAAAAUAAAUGAUAAUGCCAUACCUAUUUUGCAGGAUGAUGAUAUUAACAAAUUUAUGUUAUAUUAUGAUGAUAAUAAUGAAAGUUUAAAUUAA